GGAUCGCAUUUCGCAUAGCACAAGAUUUGGGUUUCCAGAAAGAUCCCAAAAAUUGGAUCUCUUACGACGCUUCCCUCACGACAGACGAGGACGUUGAAAUACGGAGACGAAUCUAUUGGGGCUGCUACAUCUCAGACAAACUCAUUAGCCUCAUCCUAGGCAGGCCAGUUUUUCUAUAUUACGAUGAUGCAGAAGUUGAACCUAUCCAACAACAACCGUAUGCUCCCAUUCCCACCCCCUAAUGCCCAGACUAACAUGCUCUUCUAGGGAUAUCCCAGAGCUGAAGCCAUGGCGCUCAGUCGGAUUUUCCGGCAGUGACGACGAACUCGACAGAAUUGGCUCAAUGGUUCCAUACUACCGCGAACAAAUUCACCUCGCCAGAGCCAUUGAGCGCAUGUUGAGUACAUUGUUUUCUCCUCGCUCAAACUUGAACGGCAUGAGUCGCCGUGCCUGCCUCGACACCUUGAAUAUUGAGCUCAGCCGUUGGAAAGCAGGGCUACCUGGCCGGGCAGAAUGGAACAAGUGGGAGCCCAUUGAUACACCCCUCAUCCCUAGUGUGGCGAUGCUACAGUGAGUGUUCCUCCAUCCUGAGAUCUCCAUUGCCCGCUAUGGGAACCUUGCCCCUCCGAACUGCUUCUCACGUUG